GCAAACCGGACGUGCCGCACGUUACAAGUUACGCCUGGUGCGUUGUCAACUUUUAGUGGAAGUGUGUGCCAGGGAGAGGCAGUGGGAGGAAUAGCCCAACCCCAUGAGGUCAGCACGCACUUCUAACAGGUAGACACUUCUAUGCAGCACAAGGAAAAGGAAGAAAAGGAAAUCAGCUCUUAAGUCACGAAUAAAUCACCGUAGAAUUGUUAAAAAGACGAAUAUAAACCUGUUUUAGUUCCAUUGUACGGGCAGUCUCAGUGUCGCGUUUCGCAGUUCCUGUCCGGCUGUCAACGAAUGCCAGCAUAAUCCUAAGAAGUGUAAGUGGGAAGCCACAUUUCCGUUUUCAUGACCACUACAAAGGUUGAGGAAGUAGUUCAUUAUAUCGUGAGUCCGAAGUGUGAUAAGUCCCUGUGAAUUUCAAGAGCGGAACAGUUUCCUACUGUCGUUUCCUUUCAUAAAUCGUUCGUAGGAGAAAAUCUGUGUCUGUUGUAUAAUGAGAUAUAUUACGAUGUUAGGCUAUGUGUUGCUUCUAUGCACAUCUGUGAUAUUUGACAUGGCUGUUACUUCAACAACAAUUCACCACCCAAGCUCAAUACCUGGAAAUAUUUCAGUGCCCCAGCAAGUGCCACCAGCUUCAAAUUCAACAGAUUCAACCAUGUAUAGACACGGAUAUGGGAGCUAUAAUGAGUCUCCUCCCGAUUUAAGCAGCAUCAAAUUUAAAUAUGAUGACAACAAUAAAAACACAGUACAGGAAAACCUUAUAGAGAACGUCAUAGCCCGAGGAGUUCUACAGUUUGCUUUACAGUUGGAUUUUGCGUUAUCUUCAGAGGACUACAGGAAUGUUGAUGAUAUGAGCAAUGUAGUUUUUUCUCCUCUUAGUAUUGCUUCAGCUUUGACAGUACUAAUGCUUGGAGCAGCUGGAAGAACGUACACAGAAAUUGCAAAUGUAUUAGGUUUGGCUGCUGGCAUUGAUUUAGUUUCACGUGGUGAUGAAUUACAUUAUCAUUUUGGAAGGUUUAUAAAAAAGGUUGAGAAUUACCCUGAUGCUCGAAAAUCAACAUAUGUGACAAUGGCAGGAGGAGUUUUUGUUCAAGAUGGUUUCCUGAUAAAGGAAAGGUUUGCAAACCUGAGCAAGGAUGCUUAUUUGAAUGAAGUUCUGACUCUGGACUUCAGUGGUCAUAGCACUGAGGCAAGAAAUGUCAUAAACAAGUGGGUAGAAAACAGAACUUAUGGACACAUACCUAAUAUUCUGGAGUCUCCACCACCUCCAAGCACAAAGGUUAUAAUUGCUAGUGCCCUCUAUUUCAAUGGUGCAUGGGAGAGUCCUUUCCUUAAAGAACAGACUGCAUGGCGACCAUUUUAUGUCUCUGGCAGUCAAGUGAAAGGUUCCAGUGAAGUCGUACAAGUCCUGAUGAUGGUAAAUGGUGGAGAUUUCCCAUAUUAUUCUGAUCCAGUUCUUGGUUGCCAAAUUGUUGGGCUUCCAUAUAAAGAUCAUAGCGCAACAAUGUAUCUUGUACUUCCAAAUGAACCUGGGUAUCAUGCUCUCAAACGUUUACAAUACAAAUUCACAGUGAAUCGCUUGAAAGGACUUGCAGAUUCUGCAACAGAGAGAACUGUAAUCAUUGCUGUACCACGUAUGCAGCUUGAAUCAACAAUAUAUCUGAAGAAGGCCUUGAAAAUACUUGGUAUUAAUACACUAUUUGAGCCAUUCGAAGCAGAUCUAAGUCAGAUAUCAGAUGACAGGAAUGUUGCUUCUUUUAUAAACACUGACUGCUUGGGAGAAACACAUGUAACUCAAGAACAGAAUAGAGGAGUUGAUAAUAAUACAUCAACUACAAAUCAAUGUCCAGAGCACACAGCUUUAAAUAUAAACACCAGUACUGAUGAAGUGUCCAAAAAAUCAAUGUACCAAACAGACUCAGUGAAACAAAUAGCACCUAAACACAUUAAAAUCCCCUCUAUUAAUGGCGAUUCUAAGAUAAGUAAGAAUCCUGGGCUCUAUGUAGACAGUGUUAUUCAUAAGGUCACAAUUGAUGUCACAGAAAGUGGUACAGAAGCUGCAGCUGCCACAGUUGUGUCAGUCACUAGAGAUGGUUCUCACAAGGUUGUCAGAUUUGAGAGGCCAUUUUUGUUUUUUAUUCGUCAUGAAGCAACAGGUGCUAUCUUAUUUUGGGGCACUGUGGUGAAACCUACACCCAGUCGAAUAAUGCCUUCUGGUAAAUGAUCUGAAAAACUAUUUAAGAAACCAAAAUAUGAAACUCUUUUUCAAUGAACUGCUGAGCACCAGGGAAGGAUGGUAUUGAAACAUAAACUGUGAGAGAGAAUGUUCAUUAAAAUAAACUUAGGAAAAUAAUGACAUUAAAUACAAAUACCUUUUUUACAGUUUGUUUCUGAACAAAUAUUAAGAAGUAUUAUCACCUUUCAGCUGUUGAAAUUUGUGACAUUGAUACACUAUUAAGUUUAGAGGCCAACAUGGCUUUAGUCAUUAGACCAGCAGGGUGCCCAUAAAAUUACAAUGUGGCUGUUACUAUACAGCUGAAAUAAACAGAUGACCCAGUUAAAAUAAUUGUCAAAUCAAACGCCAUUAACUCCAUCGAAACACCUAUGCCUGAACAUGCUGGUGGAUUCUUAUAAUUCAAAUUAACUUUUGUGUGCAUUAUAGCACGAUAUUGCAUUGUUCAAGAAUACAUAAUGAUACCAUCUCAGAAUCUGUAUAAUUGAAUCCUUUUGUUGUGUGGUUUGUAAGGGAGACCUGUGGUGCUGAAUUACCCACUGAGGAAUAAGUUAUUACUGCCCCUAUUGUGUUUAAUCUUUGGUUAUUUCUGAUGCGAUAAGGAAGCAUAAUGCGUGCUGUAUCUGUCUUUGUAUGGUUUGUAUGUGAUAUCUUGCAGAUGUUGCCAGUCAUGGUAGCCGAGCGGUCUGAGGCAUAUACUGCCUUUGCUUGUUCAGAAGCCGGGAUCAUGGGUUCGAAUCCCACACAAAGCAUGGAUGUUUGGUGUGUGUAUACAUUUAUUCUUUGUUUGUGUUUUCCUGUGUUAAGGUAGAGGCCUGAUGAACUGAUCACCUGUCCAAGGACUCCUAAACUAAAAAUCUAAACUCUGUGGCCUUUAGUCUGCAAGCAAACUAUACCGA